UGUAAACAAGGCCAUGUGCUUUUUUCCGCCCACUCCAUAAAAUGCAUCCUUGUGCCGUUUUUGCAGCUCUGCUAGCGUUUUUGGUGGCUUUAUUUGUUCCUAUACUAUACCCAUAUAUCCGACUUCAACUUGAACGAGAAUUCAAACCUCGAGAUCUUGUGAUUGGUGUGCUGUCCGCCCGAGGGAACUUUGAACAGAGACAGAUGCUAAGAGAAACAAUGAUCAAACAUGUGAAGAGUACAACCAAACUUAGCCACAGCAUCAGUAUCAAGUUUGUAAUUGGUGACCAAGCUUGCCCGUAUCCAAUAGAAGAUAGAGUAGAUGAGUAUGCGUGCGAACAUUGGCACGUUGGUCUGCAGGUUAACCGGGAUGAAAUAUUCGCUCAGAAUGUACAGUUAGAAGAAAAGGAAAAUAAUAGCCAUUCUUACCAGUAUAAAAACCACGUUCUUCUCAAGGUUCAUCAUCCUAUCAUCUUGACCAGACUGGGUAUCCUGGAGGAGUUGCUUGUUAAUCCUUCAGAUCUGACUGUACAGCUUUGGGAUACCACACAAGAGGUUGAAAUCGUAAGCAGUAAAUUUCUCUCUGGUCUUGGUCAAGGAGAGAGUCAAGGUGGCUAUAGGUACCGACCUGUGGAAUCAUAUGUUCUACCAAAGGGUUUUGAAGCGUCUGUACGAUUAGAGAAUUCGACUUCAUUCUUCAGGCAACCACAGAAUGAAGUGAAUAUACUAUCAGACGACGGUGGGGGAGUAAUCACUUUAUCCAAGGCAAAGAAUGGUGUCUUUGGAAAUCAGUCGAUGUUGCCAGCAGUAUCUUUCGCUUUUAGGAUACAUGAUGCACAAAUCCUAGAGAAUCACAUUAGCAAUAAAGCAGCCAGGAAUGCCAAAUGGCGUGAAGAGGUGGAAAAGGAGGUCGAGCGUCUUAAGAACGAGUCCUUGACCCACAGGGACAUCGUCUUUGUCCCUAAGGUCGAUGUCUACAGGAACCUCCCUGCUAAACUACUGGCUUUUUAUCAGUGGGUUGGACGCCAUGACGAGUUCACCUUUGCUUUGAAGACGGAUGACGACUGUUUCCUUGAUGUUGACGCUAUCCUUCAUAAACUUAAAUCUGUCAUAACUAAGUCCAAUAUCUGGUGGGGCAGAUUCCGCUACUACUGGUCAUUAGAUACAACGGGCAAGUGGCGUGAGACCAAGUACGAGGCAGCAACAUACCCUCCGUUUGCCUGUGGCUCCGGUUAUGUGGUCAGUGGAGAUGUCGUCCAGUGGUUGGCUAAAAAUGCUGAAUAUCUAACUCAUUAUCAGGGUGAAGAUGUGUCCAUGGGAAUCUGGCUUGCGGCUGUCCAUCCAGAUAAAAUUGAUGAUGACCUCUGGUUAUGUGAGAAGAAGUGUGGACCAGGCAGCCUCAGUUUGCCAGAGCUUUCUCUUUAUGAGUUGAAUAGGACUUGGCAGAAUAAGAUGAAAUGUGGAAACCCUUGUGGCUGUGUAUGAUGACUACAUGUAGUUAGAAAAUAGGUCAUGGGUGUGGACGAGAAUAAAAAAAGACUCUAGUCUUAAUAAUUCUUGGUGAGGAUGAACACAUUAUCAACUUGAAGCCAUUGAUGUAUCGGUUCUUGCCUGUGGUUCAGGCCAGGUGGACAAGAGCUCCAUUGAUCGUAGGGGAGAGAAACCUGUAAUGUUUGAAUCAUUCGAAGUUAUCUGCCCUUCAUUGAACAUAUUUCUGGACAUUAGUCUCGUUACGUACUCCAAUGCAGUGAUUGGAGUUUAGAGAGAUGACAGGAAAGACCAUCUUGACCCUCAAUGUAUUGACAUUGCUCGGCGGAGGCUACGGAGACAAUGCCGUUGGAAGUUCAGUGUGGGAAAGACUUGUAGUCUUGCCAAUGUCUAAUAAUCCGAGAAGGUCCUCGGCGCAACCACCCAAGCAAGGACCCCCGACGGCGAGUUGUCGCAAAAACCGGGGAAACCUGCCGAUUUCGAAUACCGCAUUGUCUGGGAUUUUGAUGACAUGCAUGUAAUAUAUAGCUGUGGUUGUUUCUUUGUGAUUGUGUUUUGUAACCUUACAUAUGGUUCGUAAUAAAGUUGAUGUUCAUUACCAUACUAUAAUAAUGUUUUUAUCUUUAUUCCUAUC